AUAGAUAGGCGUCCUGCAUGAUUGAAUUCAAAGUGGCUGAUGCCAAAAUUUCUGCAGAGGCGCGGAAAACUGCCGGAGAGGAGCGGAGUAGACGGGGCGCCGGUAUCAGUGCUGCUGAGAGCUGCCACGCUGCGCUGCGAACAGGCUCUCCGUGAACGGGGAGGCGACGCUGGAGUUUCAGAGGUGAUAUAGAAACAGCAAGACGCGCUCCCCCCUGGUUUGGAGGGAUAAAAAAAAAGAAACAGGGAGAGCCGAAAAUAUAGUCUACGUCAAAGCCGAGGACGCUGCGUUAUCAGAGAGCAACGGAGGCUGAAGCGAGACAAGUACAAAGGAGAGUCGAGCCGCCGAGUCCAAGUUAUUCCUGCGCUCCGCUCCAAAGGCUGCGCUGAUGGCAUCCGUACUUGGAAACAACAGCCGCGCGUCGGGGGCUCAGAGCGGCCAGGUCAAAUGCAAGCUGAAGAGGAGAAGGAGGAGGCGAUCGAAGAGAAAAGAGAAAGUCAGUAUGCUGUCAGCAUUGAUCGCUCCCUUCAAGUACAUAAGCCCUGGGACCAGCAGCACAGAGGACGAGGACAGUUUAAGCACCAGCAGUGCAGAGGUAAAGGAAAACCGCAAUAUUGGGAACUUAGAGGAUCGCUCCAUAGGACCUGCAGAGUGCCAGUCGCUUUUCUGCUCCGACUCUGCGAGGAGUGGGAGCUCUGGUCUGAAGAGGAAACGGCCGCUGGAGGAGGACAACAACGGGCACUUGUGUCAGCUCCGCCUCAUCUAUAAGAAACUGUCCUGGUCUGAAGCACCAAAGAAUGCUUUGGUGCAGCUCAAUGAGCUCCGGCCGGGCCUGCAGUACCGCAUGGUGUCUCAGACGGGGCCAGUCCAUGCUCCUGUCUUCUCCAUCGCUGUGGAGGUGAACGGGCUGACUUUCGAGGGCACGGGCCCCACGAAGAAGAAAGCUAAGAUGAGGGCUGCUGAGCUGGCCCUCAAGUCCUUCAUCCAGUUUCCAAACGCUCCUCAGGCCCACCUUGCCAUGGGGAACAUCUCAAACCCCUCAGCUGACUUCACCUCAGAUCAGGCGGACUUUCCUGACACGCUUUUCAAGGAAUUUGAGUCCUCGCCGUGCUCCGACGGCCUCUCGCUCUGCAACUCAGCAGCAGAGAGCGAGCUGCUAUCGAGUGAGCUACUGAGACAUGGACGGUUGCUCCGCCACACCUUGGACCUGAUGGUGCAGGCUCAGCAGAGGCUAGGUGGAAUUGUUCCAGAGCCAGAGGCCCCCAAGAGCCCCGUGGCGCUGCUCAAUGAGCUCCGGCCGGGCCUGCGCUAUGCCUGCCUUUCGGAGCGAGCCGAAGGCCGACGGCUGCGUAGCUUUGUGAUGGCGGUGCGCGUGGACGGGCGGAUAUUUGAGGGAUGCGGUCGCAGCAAGAAGCAGGCCAAGACCCAGGCAGCCCAGUGUGCACUUCAAGCCCUCUUCAACAUCAGGACAGCCCCUGAGGGGAGAAUGGGCCUCAAAGCCAGCAGGAAGAGCUGUCCUCAUUUACCCCAGGACUUUGCCGAUUCAAUAUUCCACUUGGUGAGGGAGAAGUACCGGUCGCUGGUGGGCGGCUGCAGUCCUGCGCACGCUCGACACAAAUCCCUGGCAGGCAUCGUAAUGACCCGAGGUCUGGACCUGAGGCACGCCCAGGUGGUGGCGUUAUCCACGGGCACCAAGUGUAUCAACGGGGAGUAUCUGAGUGACCAGGGACAAGUGGUCAAUGACUGUCACGCUGAGGUCACAGCCCGCAGAGCCUUGUUACGCUUCCUCUACUCUCAACUUGAACUCUUCUUAAGUAAAAGGCCAGAGGACUGGGAGGAGUCGAUAUUUGUGCGGCACAAGGAGUGCGGCUACAGGUUGAGAGACAACGUUCAUUUCCACAUGUACAUCAGCACGUCGCCGUGUGGGGACGGGAGGCUCAACUCGCCGUAUGAGAUCACAACUGACCUACACAGCAGCAGACACCUCAUGAGAAAGCACCGCAGCCACCUGCGGACCAAAAUCGAGUCAGGCGAGGGGACGGUGCCGGUGCGAUGCCGGGGACCCAUCCAGACGUGGGACGGCGUCCUACAGGGCGAGCAGCUCAUCACCAUGUCCUGCACUGACAAGAUCACCAGAUGGAACAUCCUGGGCCUGCAGGGGGCGUUGCUGAGCCACUUUGUGGAGCCGGUGUACCUGCACAGCGUGACCGUCGGCAGCCUGUGUCACACGGGCCAUCUGGGCAGAGUUCUGAACCAGCGGCAGGAGCGCCUGGGCCCACUGCCCGCCACGCAUAGACGCAACCAGCCCCUGCUCAGCGGGCUGAGCAGUGCUGAGUAUCAGCAGCCGGGGAAGGCCUCGUGUGUGAGUGUCAACUGGACGCUGGGUGACACACAGUUGGAGGUGGUCAACACGGCCACGGGACGGAGACGGGACUCAGGGACACCAUCGCGUCUCUGCAAGCACGCACUGUUCACCCGCUGGAACAGACUUUACCGCAAGUCGGGGAUCCACUUGUCCAGCUCAGCGGACCGCCAGCUCAUGUACUGCGAGGCCAAGAUGGCGGCACGUCCUUACCAGACAGUGAAGCAGCAGUGGUUCAAAUACCUGCAGGAAACAGGCCUCGGUACCUGGGUCAAGAAACCGCCAGAGCAGGAACAGUUCCUGCUGUCCGUCUGAGAAAAUGUGCGUGUGUGUGUGUGUGCGCGCGUGUGUGUAAGUGAGACAGAGAAAGAGUGUUUGUUUAACCUUUAUUUUUUUAGGGUAAGAUGACUCUAUGCUCUUUACCAACAUCCUGCUUCAUACCUGGAAGUGUCCCACAGCAACCUCUAAACUCAAGGCUAUCACCACCGUGUGUGUGUGUGUGUCAUUCUGGAUGUGCCACCCAUCCGCCCCACAAGAAGCCUGACAAGACGAAGGUCAACUGGACGGCCUGAAAAGAAAACGGACACAAAAAAGAUGGACUCUUUCUUUGACUCGCCCUCCUUUAAACGCACAAACAUGCGCAUUUAAGCAAACACACACCUAAAUACCCUCCUCUCUGGCUGUCAAAGAAAGGGUGGGGUAACCUUGAGCAGAAUGAAAGGCAGCCGCUAUCUUGUCAUCAGCUAUUUCCGGGCCCCAAGGCUCCUGCUGAGGAGCAGAGCCACGGGGGAGAGAGACAGAGAGAGACAGAGAAAGAGGGAAAAAAAAGAGAGAGAGAGGUCCACGUCCAAUUACCGGCCCUGUCAGGGUGACGGGUGAUAGAGGAAGAGGAAGGGAAGCGAUGGGAAGAGAGAGUGAGAAAAAGAGGACACACCAUUGCUUUCAACCCGCCUCACCUUCCCUCUCUCAUUUCUAUCUUUGUCCUCCUUCUCUGACUCACCCUUUGACUCCUGACUUCCUUUUCCUUUUGUCUCCAUCUCUCCCUCUUUGCCCUCUUUCCAUUUUCUCCCGUCCUCCACCUAUUUCCCUCACCUCCUCUUUGUCACUCUCUCCUCUGGGCUUGUGUCUACCCCCUCCACCCCUCCUGCCUUUCAAGCACAGCGGAGGUUAACACGACACGACGACAGGUUAAUACACCCUCUUUUUUCCCUCCCAUCCUCACCCCACUGGGUAGAGACAAGGAGAAGAAUGGAGGCGAGGUACAUAAAUGCAGCCAUUACAGCUUGCUUAAGUACAGGUGGAGGUGAUGAUGGAGGAAGGGGAGUGGUUGUCUGUUUCCUUUCUCUUUCAUACUGAUUUUAUUUCCUUUCUCUUUCUGUGUUUUUCAACCUGGUUGACCUCAGUUCUCAGUCGCACUUGGCCAGUUUCUGUACAUUUGAAUCGAACCCUGUUGUCACCAAUAAGAGCGACUUUCAGUCGUGACUCAUUAGCGAGGCCUUGUUGACCUGAUCGACUUGUGCUGUCUCUCUGUGGUCACGACCGCCCUGAAAAGAUAAUAGUCAAGGUGGCUUCAAGUUUUGUCAGCCCACACCCCCUCACUGUCAGCACUGUGGUCGACUUGAGGGACUUUAUUUUGAAAGCCAUUUUCCACACACUUAAACACACAAGCCUCACGUAUGGAUUAAAAAUAAGCAAGGUGAAUAUGGACGUUCCCGAUCACCACCAUGUACAUUUGUAUCUCACAGUAUUUUUUAUGUCUUUGCAUAUUUCAUGAUGUGAGCAAACACACCGCGUGUGAUUUUUUUAAGCAGCUAAGUGUUGAUAUUCAUUGUGAUCAUGACUGUGUUGUUCUGUCAUUGCUGUAUUCUCUUCAAGGAUUUUAGACGAGGCAUCCAAACCAGCCACCAGCAUGGCUCAGUCAGCAGUAAAAUCCAAGUAGUGAGAGUGACAUCUAGUGGUGCUUUUCUGUUGUUCUCCUCCCGUCCUGCUCCUUCUGAGCCCCUGCUCUGGCAGCAUCAUGUGCUCCAGUGAGGAUACAGUACCUAAACAAACUGUUGACCGUCUGGCCGAUUGAACUGUAGAAUGAGACCUUCACUGGAGGUCAGUGUGUGAGGACGAUGUUUUGAAACACACAGGCAGAUUUACACAAGAGAGAACUUGACCCAUAUGUGACCUGCAUUUUGCUUCCCAUUCAAUUCAGUCAGAUUCUAUACUUAUUUAAUAGCUCAUUAGCAGGUCUAGGACAGUUAUGUCAUCGUGGGAUCUCUAGGGGUCCUUGAGGUAAUUCCAGGGGUCACCAGGAAAAUGGGGAAUCAUUUAUUUUCACUAUUUUAUCCACCACAGAGGACAGCCCGAGUCAUAAGAGUGACUUUUCUGAUCAUAGGUUUCACUGUGGACAGCAACUAUAAUAUUCUGGGCCCAGUUGUUCAGAAGUAAUCUGAUCCGAUAUCAGCCAUGGGACAGGAUCAGAUCUUGACAGUGGGUUGUUCAAAAGAGAAAAAAAGUGGGAUUAGAUCAUGUAAUCCAGUCCUGGUUUUGAUCUGGAUCAGACCUUCAGUACAAAUUGCUCAAAACUUCCUAGCAGGAUUGGGAUACUUUAAAAAACAAAAAAAACAAAAAAACAACAACAAGAUUUUCCUGAUCCCAGCAGAGGGGUGAAUUUCAGAAACAAAAGUGUAAUAAAAUUUACAUUUAUACUUUGCACUUGAUUCGUGUAACAGUUACUCCGAAGUAGACAUCAGGCUACCUAUUAUGGCUGUCAGUACAGUGACAUAAAAAAAAACCUACAAAAAAGGAUGUUGUCCCAUAAAAUAAUCCCCCAAAUUUAUAAUCUCAACGAUCACUGUCUUGUUCUCUUUGACAACACCUACGGAGAUAAGUGGUAAUUGCAGUGUGUUUGUUGACAGACUGCCUGCAUUGUGAUAUGUCGUCCUAUUUCAAGCACUGGUAAUGCAGAGUUAGUAAUCUUGAAAAGUUUGUGUCUGGAUCAGGGUGAUCCAGUCCAAUGUUGCUUUGAAACACCAGCAAGUAGAAUAGAUGAGCCGAUCCUGGAUAGCAAAACAUAGGAUUUCCAAAUCUGGAUCAUUCUUAUCCACAUUACAUUUUCUGAGUAACAGGCCCCUCGUCUUAAUUGAACCCAACAACCAAAAUCUUCUCAGAUGGAGGUCCCUGAAGGGCAUCCAUAACCUCAUGGGUCAUAAUCUAGGGGUCCUUGACAUGAUAAAGGAGGGGACCACCAGUCUAGGUUCAGUCAGUACUGGCACAACUAAUGAGCAGAAGGUUAUUAGUGUUGCCCAGUUCUGCAACUGUAGAGCUCUACAUUUUGUAUCCAUUGUUUUAUGUAAGUUUUAAAGCCCCUGAAUUAUUAUUGCAUUACAAAUUUGUAACUUAAAAGCAUAAAGUUAAAGUUAGUACCAAAAUUAUUUAUUGGGAAAACUCAGCUGCUCUGCUUCAUGGUGGCUGUGUGGGUGUGGUUUGUUGAGAUUUGAUUGGCAGUGACCAAACAGCCCACCAACUGAGGUCAGAUUCUGAUUCAGUUGUGCCCAAAUCCUGAGGUGACAUCAUCUCUUUCUAAAUUAAUCUCCACCAACUUUAAAAACCAGCAAAAAGAGUGCAGUGAAAACCACAAAAAAAAAAACAGAAAACUCUUGUGUAAUACGAAAAACUGUUCCUGUUAGAAACUCAUUGAGAAAACAGGGCCUUUGAAUUAUUUGUGUUUCUUUCAACAAUGACAGUACGAGAAGUAUUUUUAAUAUCUCAUGUUUCAUCAGUAGUUUUAUGUCCCCUAGUGGUUUGCAUGCUGUCUUAAUUCAUGAAAAUGGCAAACUACAGUUUAUUAUAUGUAAGUGGUACAACCAGAUUAAGCUUUUACGGAACCCUUGGGCAAAAAUUUGCUGUCGGGCCCCUGUUGAUCCCCCUAACCAACAACCUUGGCCUGUGGCUGUUUUAUGCCUGGUUCACACUACAAGAUAUCAGCCUGAUUAUAGCCUGAUGCAGCGUCGUGUGGUGUCUGUAUGGAUAGUGAACGACAAUGAGUGUCAUGCAUUAUAAUCCAUCGUUUCAUCUCGUGUAGAUUGUCAUAGUAGACGACAACCGACGCCACAUCUGGGAUGCCUCACGACUUUCCGAUAGAAAGUCUUGCAUGUUUGAUUUUCUUUUUGUCGUUCACGACUGCUCCUGUCACAGCCGUCACUUUGACCAAUAGAAACACAGAGCGAUCUGCUGCCGUAGACAACUGUACGACAACAACACCCCAGGGUUUUUGAUAUCUCCUCUAGGGACGUUACUACACAGAGUAAAAAGGGAAUAAUGCUGGCGUGAAACAGUAGAGGCAAUUUAGCAACCUGGUGAGUACUGCCAUUAGCAUCAAGCUAGCAAACAACGUUAUUUCUUCAUAAUGGAGGAUAUAAAGGAAUAAAAUUAAAAUGUAGUGGCGGGGCUUUUACUUACCUCAACUGCAGAGGGAACCAGCUUCAUUUGAAACAUACUACAUUAGAAAUAGCCCGUUAUUUAUUAUUUCCUCUAAAAAAUUCUACUUUUAUAUUUGAUAAAGUUAAUGCAUUGCGCCGUCAUUUCAAACUAACACUUCCUGUUUCUCUUUAAAAUUAAAAGCCUCUUAUAAUUUCAGUUGAGAGAAUCCCUUCAUUUUCCAAAAAGGCUUUUAUUGUGAAACAUUUGCAGGAACUGGUUGUGGAGGAUUCAGUAACUGUCAGAGUUUGCAUGCCGUACUUCAAGUGUAGCUCCUGCCAUCUGGUGGCGCUUUUUGUUACUACAACAAGAUUUCAGCUGGCACAUGCACAGAUAUAGUGACUGAAAUAAUAGUAAUAAUAAUAAAAAUAGGACGAGAAUAACCCGAUGACAUCACACACGUCGUGAAAGAUAGCCCAGCGUGUAGUCUGCCAUGUCUGUCGGCAAAGCUCCGGCACGAUUUUAUGACUCCGCAAUCGUCUAAUCUGACAUAGCGACUGUCGGAACGGACAAAAAUGUUGUGUAGUGUGAACAAGGCAUCAAUAUAAGAAAAGAAAACCCACUAGACGUCAUUUUCUGGAGCUCAUAUUGUCUGACUCUUUGUUUACACUGGAGUUUGUGUAAAUCUUGUCUGUGUGUAUCAUAACAGAGAUCAAGUGUUUGUUUUCCACCAACAUGUUUUGCGGAUCUUAAUUGUUUGAGUGGUCAUCGUCUGCCUACAGUCCAUAACUUCAGACAUGACAUGGUUUGUCGACGCAGGUAACAACAUUCCUCAUGGCUUCACCACGUGUUUCAUAAUGGCUGUAUGAGCCAUGAAAACAGAUACACAGAUUUAUUUUGAGAGAUAAUAAAUAUAAGGCAUGUCUGAAUGGCAAUAUUGUAUCCAAGAGUGUACAUAUGUAAAAAAAAAAAAGAAAAGGAAAA